AUGAAAUCUCAGUUCUAGAGUUGGGAGGAUGCAAUGUCAAUGAAUGAGGUAAAGUGCUUGAUCUAAUUAUAGCAUUUGAACAUAGUGAAGCUCAAAGAAGUAAUAAGGUCAAGCUAUACCAAUGAACUAUAUUUGAUUUUUGAGCUUCUUUAAAGUGAUUUGCAUGAAUUAAUAAAAAAAAAGAGAAAGAGUUCUGAUAGAUUUACUGAGGAUGAGGUCAAAGCUCCUGAGUGUGUACUUAAAUCAAGAAGCUAUAAUUACAAAGUUGAUAUCUUUGCUGUUGGAUGUAUAAUGGCUGAACUAUUUACUCUAUAGCCAUUAUUUCCUGGAGAAGAUGCAAUAGAUUAAUUCAAGGUUCUUAUUAAAAUUUUAGGAACUCCCAAAGAUUCAAAAUGGAGUGAUUUUAGCAGAUUAUUCAAGAGAAUAUCUAAUAAGAUGCAGGACUUGCCUAAUUAUAAGAAGAAAGAUUUAUAAGAAAUUAUUACAGAAGCCUCACCUGAAGCUGUAGAAAUUAUAGAAAGAAUGUUAACAUAUAAUCCAAACGAUAGACCAAGCGCUGAAGAAUUAAUGCUAGAUCCAUACUUUGAAGAGAUACACAAUCAAUAUUUAGGCAUAGAUAAAAAAUCUAAAAUAAGCUAGGCUCUUCAUAAAAAACCUAGAACAAAUUAAAAUACAUUUGAGAGUAUGAAAAUUACUGAAAAUGGAAUUAGGAUCAUGACAAUGUAGGAGGGUAAUGAAAGAGAGAGAGAAGGAUCUACUAGCAACGAAGAUAAAAUGUAUUAUGACCAAGGCUAAGAUGAAAAAUAAAUGAUACUUAAUCAAUAAAAAUCUCAACCUUAUUGA